CUCUGAGGUCAUUGGAACUCCUUUGUGCGGAGCUUUGUUACAGAUUUAUUGAAAAUUUAUAAAAAAAAACUAAAAAUACUAGACAAAUAAAAAAAGAGUGUUUUGUAAAUUUGAAUAAUGAAAUAUUUAUGUUUUUCGAUUCUUUUCAAGUUGAAUCUUCAGCAUGGCAUAUAUUAUCGUCGUAUUAGGCUUUUAAACGACCAAACUCCAAGCCAAAACGAAGACCCAAACGCCAACCAAAACCAGACCAGACACAACAAAUUAACAUUGACUUUGCCGAUUAUGUUUUGGACAUGUUUGACUAGUUCGGCCGCCGCCGCACUUUGAAUAAUCGCGAAGAGCUUGCGAACUAUAAAAGGGUUCCAGCAGCCAUCAGUUGGUACCAUUCGUCGCAAACUCUUCGAGAACCGCAGACCAAAAACCACAAACCAACAAUCACCAUGAAGUUCCUCAUUGUCUUCGUUGCCCUCUUCGCCCUGGCCCUCGCCGCCCCCGUUGAUGAUGUGACAAUCCUCCGCUCCGAAUCUGAUGUUGGACCCGAGAGCUUCAAAUAUGCAUUCGAGACCAGCGAUGGAUCAGCCGCCGAUGCUGUGGGACAGCUGAACAACGUCGGCACCGAGCAGGAGGCCAUCUCCGUCAAGGGAUCCUACAGGUUCAUCGCUGAUGAUGGCGUCACCUACGAGGUCACCUACAUCGCUGAUGAGAACGGUUUCCAGCCCCAGGGCGCUCAUCUGCCCGUUGCCCCCGAGGCAUAAGUUAAGUUGCUUCCAAUCCAAGCAGCUUUAAUGCCAUCGAGUCCCUUGUUACUUGCCUCAAACCGAUUUUCCAAACCUUUCAUUGAAAAGGAAAAGGAUCUAAGUCAAAAGCACCAAUUUGUUGAACAUUAAAGAAAAAUGAG